UGCAAUCAAAUGGUGAAACUCGCGACGGCGCGUGAGAUUAGAACGUACGGCCCUCGGCUCGGGAGGAGCAGAGCCGAGUACAUCAACGCAGGUCUAUACCUCUUCGCCACCGUGGUGCUCAUCGGCGGUUUCACGGCGACAGGUUUCUCAUGGGAGCCGAGAUCCGGUCUCGUCCUUAUUCUCUUGGCUCUUGCUCUUAUAAUCGCCGUGAAUAUUCACGAUCUCGUGGCUCAUCUCGCCGGAAUCGAUUACCGGCUAAGGUUAAUGGAGUACGAUUUGCAAUUGGGUCUAGUGGAAUUGGCAGUCCCUCUGGUUCAGAUAGCGGGUUCGGUCGUUUUCUUCGUUGGAAUCUUUUUCGUUUUCAAUCAGGCGGAGAAAAAACUAGGAUACAGUGGAAGAGAGAAGCAUGCGCUAAACAUGCUUAUAGCAGGUCCGUUGCUUUGGGCAAUAGGAUCGGUUCACAACUCGUGCCAAAUCUAUGAGAGAGCAGAUAGUCAUGUCCAAAUACUACAACAGUGUGUUCACAUCCCUUUCUUGGUUGGAUCCCUUCUAUUCUUGGUUUCCGCUAUUCUCAAUAGCUUCGACCAAUCCGGGUCAUCUCAUAGUGGCUUAAAGCUUCUUGGGAAGAGAUGGAUAUGGCUUGGAAUUUCUGGAGCAAUAUGUUUGUUUGUGGGAGGAUUGAUGAACGUUGUUAAGGUUUUUAACUUCGUUCAGAUCAGUGGGCUACGCCUUGAGAAACUACGGGGCGGAGCACAAGACCGGCUUCUUGAAGGAAGAGAAGGAUAUCUCCCUCUUGUUGCUGAAGAAGAACGAAUAAGGAAAAUGGAGGCUGAUGAAGCUUUUAAGAGAGCCAUACCACGUGCCCAAUUAGCUAAUAAGUCGGGACCAGGAGCUGCAGAGACCGUGGAGAGAUCUUCUCCGACACCUUACAAGGAUGUUCUUGUCGGACAGAGCUGAAGAUAUCGGAGAUUAGUCACGCUUAAUUAAGUAGUUGUGUACUACGUACCUUUACCAAACCAUUUUUUUUUAUAUGUAGACCCACCGACCGUUUUUAUAUGUCCUCUACUUAGAU